CCAUAAAUAGCCGAUGAAAUCUUUGGAAAUUUAUGUACAAUCAUAACCACCAAAAUCUUGACCAACCUCCAUAGCCACUCGUCUCCGUUCCACUUGGACAGAAAAAGAUAACCAAAAAUCAUCUCCGCCUGAUUAAUAGCGCCUUGCCCUGAUCUUUUCAACCCCAUCCUAAUCUCCCUGCUCCCUUCUCUCCACCUCUCUCUCUCUCUCUCUCUCUCUCUUCUUCACCCAUCCAAUACUCAUCAACCGUUUUUUUGCUCUUCUUUUCUCUCAAGCAGCAGCAGCAGCAGCUAUGGCUGCCUGUGGAAGCCUUCAACACAUGUUCGAAAACCCAUUGCCCGAAAACCCAACAACGCUGCUUGAAUCCCUCUCUUCAUGGAACCAGAUUAAGCCUGUAAAACCCGUUGAACAGCCUUCGUUCACCGAGAUCUUCGGUGAACUCCAUUUCAAAGAGAAUUCUGUUUCCGAAUCAUCACCGUGUCUUCCCCUUCCAGUCUCGCCCUUGCCCUCAUCGUCGUGUUUGAUAGAAAAUCUCAGUAUCAAUGAUGGGAACAAAUACACGCGCAGUCACAGAAGCAGUGACAGCUUCUCGUCAAUGAGCUCCGACAGCCUGCAGCUCUGCACGGAGGGUCUUGGCUUUGAGAGCUCCGAUGACGUUGAGGACUUGGGGAAUGAGAUGAGUGAAGAUUGGCAACACCAAGAGGAGAAAAUAAGGGUAACAAAGCAUCAUCAUCAUCAUCAUCAUCAUCAUCAUUUUCCAUCUGAAAAAAAGGCAAAGCCAUUUCCUCCGCCGAUUUCUUGUAUCGGCAAGAGUGGGAAGCCUUGGGUUUGCUUCAAGUCUUACAGGCAUGACGGCAGGUUUGUUCUCAAGGAGAUAAGGGUUCCCACCCAGGAGUUCCUGCAUGCAUAUAGAGAAGAUGGGCGCCUCAAGUUACACUUUGUUCAGCCAAAUGAUGAGAUUCUGGAAGAAGAAGAAGAAGAAUAUGAAGAUGAAGAAGAAGAGGAAGAAGAAGAAGUAGAACUGGACGAGGAAGAAGUUGAUGGUGGAAGCAAUGGAGGAAAACAGAGUAAUGGGUAGGAAGUCUCAUGAUGUCAGUGGUGUAGCCAGUUAGUCAGUUUUUCUACUCUGUUUUUCUUCCUUCUCAAAUAAUUAAAGGAAAGAGAGUAAUUUCCCUGUUCUUUCUACAUUGACAAUCGUACCCACUAGCAAUAGUGGGGAUGAAGAUUAUUGCAACUCCACGCUAUUCCAAAUUUCCAAUACAAA